GCCAUUUUCUAAACAAUAGGACGGCUCUUUACAGAGCGACAGUCAUAUGUGAUAUCGGAAAGAUCACAUACUCAAUCAAAAGAUGUACACCAUCUUGCUUGGGCUAACGGGAGUCCUUUCAGUUGCCUCUGGAGCAGAUUUUACUAUCACUGAAGAAUGUGAGGAUCGCAGUAGUGAAAUAAGGCAAAGCUUCCACAUUGAUACGGAGAAGAUACUCAAUAGGUGUUAUAAGCUUCUCUUGACUCACUCCUAUGAAUAUGGAAGUAUACAAAACUUUUUCGACCAAGCCGACGUUGCACUACCCGGCCUCGAAUUUGAAUUUAGCCACGCAUCAAGCACAGAGUCCAAAGAUGCGGCGACGUUGCAAGCCUAUAUUACUCAGCGUGGUGGCUGUGUGAGCUAUCCUGCGAUACAGGGACCUUCGACAACCAAUUGGCAAGACCCUCUUUUUGCACUUGAAAGAGCUCUUUCAAAUGCCAAAGAAGUACUACAGUGUUACAAUGAUGUCUACACCAAAGCGAAAGAAACAAAUGAUGGAGGGACUACUGGUUACAUUGAACGAUUGUUGAACGACAGGAUCGAAAUAGUCAAGAAGAUGGGAGGUCACGUGACAAAUGCCAAACGAAAUGGUCCUGACGGAAUUGGAGUCUUCUUAUUAGACAAAUUUGAAAAAUGGAACUUUGGUCCAGCCCCUCACGGAUAAGAAUAUCAAAGUGUCCGUAACACUUUUAAUGUUUUGAAAUAAACAGUAACAAAUAUAUUGAAGAUAGAAACUAAAGAAAAUAUUCGAUCUGUUGCCUUGAUAACUGGCUUUUGCCCUUUUCCAGAUAACGUCACUAAAAGCUGCGAGGACACAUCUCAACUUUGAUGAUCACAAUUAUAAGCAUAUAAAUUUAAUUACAUGAAAUUAUAUAAAAUUGUCACAUUAUGUUUGUUCCGUAUUACUUUACAUUCCGUGUCAAAAAGUAGGAUAAACUAAUUUGUCAACGCUAUAUACCAUAUUAUAUAGUUGAACAAACUAGGGUGUUAUUAAUGACCACCACUGCACUAAG